AUGCCUUCGCGCACUCGCAAAGCUCCCGUUGAGGAGCCGGAGGAGGACUCAGGCCUUCAAGGUCUGGCCUUCAACCAGCCGCUCUCCUGGCGCGUGGGGCGUACCGCCAUCCCCAUUGCCGAUCUACUCGACCGUCUCCAGACCCUGGCUCAAGAGCUCCGCAAGCUCGAACAAGAGGAAAUUGAUAAGGAAUCUUUGCGCAAGGUCUCUCAGGAGCUUUCCAGCGCCAACUUACUCGCCCACAAGGACAAGGGAGUCCGUGCUUGGGCUACUUGCUGUAUCGUUGAUGUCUUGCGACUGUGCGCGCCGGACGCGCCCUUUACCAGAAACCAGCUCAAGGAUAUCUUCACAUGCAUCGUCACCUCAGUCAUCCCCGCACUGGCCGAUCCAUCCAACGCCUACAAUGCACAGCAAACUUAUGUCUUAGGCUCACUCGCCGAGGUCAAGAGUGUUGUUCUUAUGACAGACCUUGAUCACCCCGACUCGCUCAUCGUUCCUUUGUUCUCUAGCUGUUUCGACAUUGUCUCGGGAUCCUCAAAAACAUCCACUGGGGAGGAAGUUGCGAAGGGCGUGGAAUUCGACAUGACGAGGUUGCUGGUGACGGUCAUUGAUGAAACACCCGUCUUGGCUGCCGAAGUAGUCGACACCAUUGUUGCACAGUUCCUUCGGGUUGACCCCCCGAAUACCCUCCUGUUAAAAGACUACCCGCCUGCCUACAACAUGGCCAAGGCGAUCUGCCAGGCUUGCCCCGAGCGCAUGACUAGUCACAUCAGUCAAUAUUUCAACAACGUCAUCAUCGACGCAUCCGCCCCUGGACAAUCGCACGGUACGAAGGGUGGCUCCCACAAGCCGAAUCUCGACGACUCGGAUGAGGAGGGCGAAGAUAUCAAAGAGUUGAGCAAAGCUCAUCGUCUAAUCAGGGAGCUUUGGCGGGCUUGUCCUGAGGUCUUGCAGAAUGUGAUCCCGCAGGUCGAAGCUGAACUGUCUGCCGAGUCGGUGGCGCUCCGCUUGCUAGCCACACAGACCAUUGGAGAUCUUGCGGCAGGAAUCGGUGUUGCCGGUCCCCCUCCGUCUCCUCCAAUGGACCCAGCGGCAUACCCGCCAGUGACCCUGGAGGGAUAUGCGCAGACGGUCACACAGCCGAACAUUCUUUUGACACCAAUCUCUCCGAAACCUUUUUCCCAAGUACAUCACUCGGCCUAUGAGGCAUUCCUGAGUCGCCGGCAAGACAAGACGCCUUCAGUGCGUGCUGCUUGGGUCACGGUUAUCGGACGCAUCCUCUUGACAUCAGCAGGUGGUUCCGGCUUGAGUCAAAGCGAAGAGCAGGGCCUCGUCAACUGCCUUGUCACAUUGCUGCAGGACGCUGAUGAGAAGGUUCGUGUCGCUGCAGUUGAUACAAUUGGACAAUUUGGCUUCAACCACGUUGUUCAUAAACUCGGCAUCAAGGGCGGUUGCUCUACUCCAGACUCAGUAUUUGCUGUUCUCGCAGACCGAGUGAAGGACCGUAAGCCGCAAGUCCGUGAGCAUGCGAUGAAGAUCCUGGCCCGCAUAUGGGCAGUGGCCGCUGGAGAUAUUGAACAAAACGCCGAACCCGUUGUGUCCCUAUUGAAAGACGCCCCAUCUAAAAUAUUUGAUUCUUUCUACACUAACGACCCGGAGAUUCACAUCCUUAUCGACCGAGUGCUUUUCGAGACACUGCUUCCGCUUAACUAUCCUCCUCUCAAAUCGAAGCUCUCGCGCGGAGGCUCCAACCUGUCUCAAAAAGGGAAGGAAGAAGAGAGCCAAGUUGGAGGUGCUGAUCAAGAAACCGAUGUUGACAAAAUCCGCGUUCGCCGAAUUCUGACCUUGCUUCGUGGCCUGGAUGAGAAGGCCAGGCGCGUGUUCUUCGUCAUGCUUCCUCGUCAACUGGCCAUGAGAUCGGCCAUGACGCUUUAUCUCGAGGCAUGUGAGAAAUAUAACGGCGGGGUAACCGACAAGGACGCAGACUCGGCCAAAGCACAAUUGUCGAGGGUCAUCGACUCAUUGUCGAAAACCUUCCCUGAUUCCUCACGCGCCUCGGCGGACCUGUGGAAGUUUGCCAAGGCCCAUGACCGGCGCAGCUACCAUCUCGUUCGGUAUUCCAUGGACGCUACCAGCGAUUAUCGUACGGUGAUCAAGGCGAUGAAAGAACUCCAGAGAAGAGCCCAAAGUGCAAACAAUUCCCCCUUGCUGGAGACUCUCACCCCUCUUCUCUACCGAUCUGGAUCUUUGAUCUUCAACCGCAGUCACAUCCCAGCGAUCAUGAGUCUUUCCCGUACCGAUGAAAAUGGACUGGCCAGUGCUGCCCAGGAAAUGUUGAAGCAGAUCUCUUCUCAGAACCCCGAGGUUCUGGAAGCCCAAGUUCAGGAGAUGUGUAAAGAUCUCGAGGCACAAGCCCCGAAGGCCAAUUCUGCCGGUGAUACUAGCGCCGAAGAAAUUCUCAAGGCCUGUGCUGGUUUCGCGAAAAAGCUCCCGGCCAAACUGCCCAAGGAGCGCAAGUUCUUCCAGGCCCUCACAAACUACGCUCUCUACAGCACCUCACCGCGUUCCGCUAAGCAUGCCGUUUCAAUCCUCAUGGCUACUGCUGACAAGAAAGAGAUGUACGCCAAAGAACUUGUUCAAAAGUGUGUCAAGAAGUGGGCAUAUGGAUCGGAUCACUCCCUUACCCGCCUUGGCGCAUUGUCGCAGCUGAACCUUCUUGUCCCCCGCGAAGCAGAUGAGGAAAGCGAUGCCAUCAUCUCAAUCGCUGUGAAUCAGAUACUUCUCACGAACCGUUCUCCAGACACAAAUGCUGGAUACACAUGGUCCGAGACAGUUGACGAAGAGACUCAAAGCAAAGAAUGGGCACUGAAAAUCAUUGUCAAUCGCCUGCGAGCCAAGGAUGGUUCUGAUGACGAUGCGGACUUCCGGGAACAUGCCAAGCCAGUGUAUGAAACUUUGAAUAAGCUUAUCGCAGGCGAGGGCGAAUUAUCCAAGAAGAAAGAUACCCCUUCAUCUCAAAAAUCGCGAUUGCGUCUUCUUGCUGCCAGGUCUAUUAUCAAGCUAUGUGCCUCCAACAGUCUUUGCGAUCAACUAUUGGCCCCGGUGGACUUCAAUUCGAUUGCUUUGAUAGCUCAAGACCCACUUCUUCAAGUCCGAAUUGGCUUCAUUAAUCACUUGAAGAAAAAGCUGGUUCAAAGAUCCUUUUUGUCUCAUCGCUGGUAUAUCAUCCCAUGUUUGCUGGCAUUUGAACCCAACACUCUCUUGAAGGAAAGCACACUCACAUGGCUACGAUCACGCGCCGCAUACUUCUCCCAACAGGCCCAGGCAAGCGGAAAGCGGACCGAGCAGACCAUGGUCAUGGAAUUAAUGUUCUCCCGUCUCUUGUCCCUGCUUGCCUAUCAUCCAGACUAUCCGUCUGAUGACCUAGAUGAGUCGACUAGGCUUGGUGACCUGAGCGACUUUGCACGAUACAUUGUUUUUUACCUCCUCGCUGUCGCCAAUGAGCAUAACCUAUCAUUGAUCUUCCAUGUUGCGCAGCGUGUCAAGCAAUUCCGUGACGGUAUCAUCAAAACCGACGAGAUCUCAACCCGCUUGCACACCUUGUCAGAUCUCGCCCAGGCAACCAUUCGACGCUUCGCCGACAUUUACUCACAACAACAUAAGUUCGGCGGCGCUAGUGGUGGAGCGACCAACCUCUUACAAACAUACCCCGGCAAGAUGGGCGUCCCUAGCUCUCUUUUCUCCUCCAUGAACAGUCAUCGAGAGGCUCAAGAUGUCGCCGACAAGAAUUUCCUUCCUGAUGAGCUAGACGACAUGCUGGACCGUGUUGUACGAAGUGCCAUGAAACCGAAGAACUCCUCUCACAGGGACCAGGCCAGUUCUGCGAAGAAGCGGAAGCCCGAGUCUCUUGACGCCAAUGGAAACUCUGCGAAGAAGGCACGCAAGGCAAAGCCAGGUCGGCCACGCAAGUCUGGAUCCAAUGUGGGCUUGCCAAGCAAGAGCCCUCGCCGCAAGAGUAAGGGUGAUGAUGGAUGGUCUUCUGAUGGAGGUGGCGCUGCGGAGCUUAGCAAAUCUGCCCGGCGCCGAAGCAGCCGAGGCACUACGGGUGUCAGUUACGCAGACAAGGACACUGACGAGGAUGACAUGGAGAUGGAGAAAUGGGAAGGAGCCAAGCAGGCUGAACAAGAUAUCGAGGAAGAAAGCGAAGGCGAGGAGAUGGAAGAAGACCAGGAGGAAGUUAACGACUCCUCCGCUACCGAGGAAGCUGCACAAAUGAGCGAGAAGGAAAAUUCACCACCAGCCCGCGCCAAGCGAAGUGCCAAAGCCAGCCAGGCCAAGAAGCCGGUAACAACCACUCUGCCGACACGUCGUUCAUCUCGACGGGGCUGA